AUGUACAUUUAUGUUGUAAAACUAGUUUAUAGUAUUUAUUGAUAUCUUGUACCACAGUACAAAGGUAGACAGGCACUAUUUGGACGUUAGCCAACACUUGAGCCGAAUUAAACUCGUGGUUUGCGGAACAUUAUCUUGAUGUAAUUUAUCCAGUUUUGAUGUGUGAAAGGAAACGUUAAUCUCGUAGCUAUCUGAUAUAAAAUAUUUAUAAUGGCUAUGCGAAGGCAGCGCAUUAAGGCCAUGGCCAAUCUGGCCAACAUAAAGCGCAAGCCACGCAAAGACGAGCCGCCCGUGCAAAAAGAAGAGAGGGAACCGGAGGUGAAGGCGAUAGAUGAGCAAAUCCCUUCUUUUCAGCCAGAAGUAGUAGAAACGGCGGAACCCGAUCUAGGCGCAGUCGAGACUCCUUCUGCUGAACUGGCAGCGGAACCAUACAUUGCGGAUGCAAAGGCUUUCAAAAUGCCGGCCAGCUCUGCGGGCCAAAUGGAUGAUAUUUUCCACUCGGAUAUUGAAGAUAAUGUGAUACAAAUGGACUUGCAAAAGACGACCACAGGAUACCCCAUGUCGCCGGGCAAGGCUCAGGCCCGGCAGCGUGUUCGUCCGACACCAGUUUUUGGCCAGCGACGAAAUAGUUUUGUUGGUUCACCUAUGGCCAGUGAUUAUGAUAGUGACUAUCAGUCGCCGGCAACGCCUACGCGUCGAGAACGCUACUUAAGUGGUUCCUCUUCAAUGGGACAGACUCCUACGGCUAUGGCUGGCGCUGGUUCAUCGCCAAUGCCGCAGUCACCUUAUAAAUACUUUCCUGCCGUAAUGAGUCCUGGCAUGGGACGCAUACGCACCGAAUCCACGUGCUCCGUAUAUUCGGAGGGUGGCAGCAAGCAGCGUAAAACUGCAUCGGAUGACAAAUGCCAGCCGGGACAACGUGUGAAUGCACGCAGGGAUUUUGAGACUCGCUUUAAUAAGGGCAUUCCCGAUAAAUCUACUUUCAAAAUGUUUGACAUGAUUUUCUAUAAUCCGGAAAAUAAUCCAAUGGAACAAAAACCAUUAGUUACCACAAUUAAGGCAGAAUCCAAUGGCGAUAAUGGUGAGUCGGCGGUAGAAUCGAAGCCAAAUGCAGAUCACCUUUUGGAGGCCAAACAAGAAGCCACCGCCACAGCCAUGCCAGUGCCACAGUUGAAACUGGAUGCCAAUGGUGAAAUGAUUAUCGAUGAGAAAACUUUAGAGAUUGAGACUACAGCCGAGGUAGAAGCACGCAAAGUCCUGGCGAAUUCAUCACUUAUUCUUAUGGAUGAGACUACAGGUGACAAUGGGUUUUACAAGCGUCAUAAGCGUACUCCCUACUGGACUUCCGAUGAAACGGUACGUUUUUAUCGAAGUCUUCAAAUCAUUGGCACAGAUUUUUCGUUAAUGUGCCAAAUGUUUCCACAACGCACACGCCGUGAUCUCAAGCUAAAGUAUAAAAAGGAAGAGCGCAUUAAUGCCCAACUGAUCAAUAAGGCUUUACUAUACCCCAAGGCCUUUAACAUACAAGAGCUGAAAGAACAACUUGAACAGGAGGAUCGUGAUCGUAAAGAAAAGGAUCGUCAAUGGCAGGAAAUUAUUGCCACACAGGCGGAAAACACCAAAAAGCGCGCUAAAUCCCAGCAAAGUAAGGCCGCUCGUUCCCUAAGCGAUGGCGAUGUGAUCUAUGAGAAUGAGAAUGUAACGAAAAAGAAACUAGCCAAGCAUAUCUGGGCCAAGCGUUGUAAAGCUCUCGAAACGGAUGAGAAUGCAAAGGAAGUGGCUACCAAGCCGCCACGCAAACGUCGACGGCAACAGCCAUCGGCACAAGUCACCAGCAAUGCCGCCGUUAUACAGCCGGAAUCGAACAUUUUGCCCCCGUUCGAUACGAUCAAACAGGAAACUAUUAUUAAAACUGAGCAAUCAUUAGCAAUGGCAAAGGGACAAAUUCAACAAGAGCUGAACGAUCUACUGGCUGAGGAUCAAGAAAUGGACGGUUUAGAGUCAGAGAGGUUGGACUUUCAAUCGGUUCAUAAUAAAACUAUUAUGGACCUUGAUGAUGGCAGUCUAAAUUAUGUCAGAGAUAUGGAGAGCAUUCUACCGACCCAAUCAAGUCCUAUAGACUUGGUGGCGCCUACUGAUACUUUUAAUGUUAGUCCAGCUAUUGAACCUGUUAAAACACCUUCCGUAAGCGAAGAGGAUAUAGAGCAAAUUCUUUCCGAUCUCGCGGAGGGGUCGUUGGUCUUGGUCUCCUCAGUAGAUGCUGAAAAUGGAGAUCGGGUAAUCAACGAGAUUUAUAUGUACGAUAAAAGUACUGGCGAACUAUGUGAAGAACCGCUGAAUAUUCCUGAACACAUUGUCCAGUGCAUAUUAAACGUAAUGAGUUAGGAAUCACAUUUUCUUUUAUAAAAGUGUUUUGAUUAAAGAACUAAUUUGUUGAUUUUUCAAA